CAACAAAAACCAAAAGGUUUGCUUUGAUAUGAUUAGUCCGACAUUAUUUUACAGGUUUGAACACAAAUUUUAUUCUUAAACCUUGCUCGGUCUAACUUUUUUUUUUUUUUUUUUUUUUCAGGAACGUGUAUCACCUCUAAAAACACCAUAUUACGCUAAUCCUGACCUUGGCCUAAUUUGAUUUGCUUUAUACUCGGUAUUAGAUUCCGAUUUGAUAGGACGCCUUCUUAGUUUCUCCGUACCUACCCAAAAAGAAGGAACUAAAAAAUUGUCUAUAAGUAGUACUGUACUUUGUACAAUUUUCUUUUAGCUUCCCAGAAUACCUCACUCAAAAGUCACUCUUCUUCUUCUCACUCAACUCUUUCUUUAAGCUCAACUCCCGAGGACAACUUCCAUUUUCUCUCUCCUCCCCAUCCGUUGAAGUUUUAAGAUAUUGAACACCUUCGAAUAUCAUAUUCUUAUAUCAUAUAGUAUUACAUGUAUGUUAAAUUUAUAUUAAUAUAUCUGGUAUUGUAGCGAGAUUUCGAAUGGUGUUUUGAAUUUAGCAGUUUUAAUAAGGUGUAAUGGAUCCGCAGACGACGCUGAUGAAUGAAACGGCGUCGUUUAAUCUGUCGGAGAUCUGGCCAGUUCCGUUGAACGGUGUCGCUGCGUCAGGAUUAGACCUCCGGAGAAACCCGUUCGGGCCGAGUUUGGCCCGGUUUGUUGACCCCGGCCCGAAUCUCGAAGUUUCUGGAAGCGACGGCGGUGGUUGUGGUGCGGCCCGGAAGAGGAGAGAGAAUGUUGCGGAUGAUGAUUCCGUCAAGGGUGUGUGCAAUGGCAUGAGUGAUUCUGAUGGUAAAAGGCUCAAAUCAACAGGAUCCGGAGAUGAAAAUCAAAAUCAGAAAGCUAAUAACGAAACAACGUCUGGAAAAGGAGGUGAACAAAAGAGUAAGCCAGUUUCUGAUCCAUCAAAGGAUUAUAUUCAUGUUCGAGCAAGGAGAGGUCAAGCAACUGAUAGCCAUAGCCUUGCUGAAAGGGCUAGAAGAGAAAAGAUCAGUGAGAGGAUGAGAAUACUACAAGAUCUUGUCCCUGGGUGUAAUAAGGUCAUUGGCAAAGCACUGGUACUUGAUGAGAUCAUAAAUUAUAUCCAAUCGUUACAGCGUCAAGUUGAGUUUCUAUCGAUGAAAUUAGAAGCUGUCAAUACGAGAACUAGCCCUGGUGUUGAAGGAUUUCCCUCAAAAGAUUUUGGCCAACAAGCUUUUGAUACUUCUGGAAUGGGAUACGGUGCACAAACCCCAAGAGAUCAGUAUGGUCGCGAUACAUCACCAGAAUGGUUACACAUGCAGAUUGGUGGUGGUUUUGACAGACAAACAUGACAAAAGUCCACUGCUUUUCUCUCUAGCCCGGAAAUAAGAUCCAUUUUAGCUAGAAGUAGCUCAUACUCCUUCAAUGACUGUAAUAUUGUAUACCAGUCUACUAGUACCUUGAUAUAAACACAGACCUUACAUCGAUUACUGAAUCAGGCGUGAAGUGUACUCUGUGUUUGUAAGAAUACUUCAAUUGAAUUUACACAUUCCCCUCUUUAUCA